UGUUACGGUUUUUGUUUUGCAGUGGUGGCUGAGCUGUGGUUCGGGGGUACGCUACGAAUUGUCGAGUUAUCGAGUUCCGCAUCUGCUCACAAGGGAGACGCGAGACGUCAGGAGAGCGUGAAGAGCUGGCGGUGCGCAUGACUUGCAAUGAUGCCGCCGGCAGUGAAAUUGCGGACGCUUUUCUUGCCAUCGAACGGAAGCAGAGCGAACUGCUUUGCCGGAUUCCGUACGGCUCCAAAGUUUCCCACAUCUACAAUCCCCUGGAAUACGCCCGCGAAACGCACGAAUGCUAUGUGCGUAAAUACUGCAAGACUAGGAAGGCAGUGCUAUUUCUUGGCAUGAACCCUGGCCCCUUCGGCAUGGCUCAAAACGGGGUGCCAUUUGGAGACACAGCACACGUUGUUGGCUGGCUUGGGAUCCAAGGCCAAGUGACAAAGCCAGCUCACGAGCAUCCUCGAAGGCCUGUGUUGGGCCUUGGCUGUACCAGGAGUGAGGUGAGUGGCCAUCGCUUCUGGGGCCUACUUCGCGAGCUCACUGCUGGUGGGAAGCUGCUUCGAGGUCCCUGGUUCGUGCACAACUACUGUCCCCUUUCAUUCCUGCUCCCAUCUGGUGCCAACCUGACACCCAACCGGCUGCCACUUGAAGCCCGGCAGCAUCUUCAGGCCAUCUGUGAUGCAGCCUUGCUGUCUGUGCUGAACCUACUGAGGCCAGAGAUUGUCGUUGGCAUAGGAUGCUAUGCAAGGGACAGGGCACUGGCAGCCCUCGCCACAAGCGACGGUUCCUUCAAACCACCUAGAGUGCUCUGCCUGACCCACCCAAGCCCAGCCAGCCCCAAGGCCAACCGGGGCUGGCAUGCACUGGCCCUCUCCGAGCUGCUUUCGUUUGGACUGAUCUCGGCUGAUGCUGCUGACAGGGCCAGUACAGAGCUGUGUCCUACUUCUGAACUGGCAUCGAGUGAAACCGACAUCAGUAACGCUGAAGCAUGUGGGAACAACUCAGAACAGUGUUCUAGUUCCAAAACGGCAUAGGAUGCAACAUUGCUUGGUUGAGUAAAACUGGCAUUUAGUGGUUUCAGCUGAUGCUGAAGCAUAUGGGAA